UCCAGGCUUUGCGGUUGCAACAUGUUUGAGUUGGAAAUGACUCACUCCUGCUGUUAGGAGAUUUAUAAAUUUGAGAAAGCAGGGAGCGAAGAUAUGGAUGGAUAGAGGGAGCAGGGAGGGCAGAGCAAAGCUUGAGCCGCGGAGGGAGGAAGUGGAGAGAAAGAGAUCCAGCGUCGCUUUGGUUCCGUUCCAGCAAAAGCCGUUUCUGAAGAGCUCUGUGGAGUUUCCUGCAAGGAAGCGUUGCUCUGUGUUGCUGUCGGGGUCUGCGGAGAAACUGGACAAUGAGGCUGUCACAGCUUCCGUUGCUACUGCUGCUGUUCCAGGUCUAUGCUUUGAUCUUCUCUUCCAAAAGUGCUGCUCUCAACCGAGCAGAGAAGAAAGAAGCCAUGGACUUCCUGCUCCAGUUCGGAUACUUAGAGAAGCCACUGGAGCAGUUCUCGGAUGCCUUGACAGAAGAGGAGAUCGAGAAUGCUGUGAGGGCUUUCCAGCUUGCAUCAGGACUACGUUCUACUGGACGUCUGGAUGCAGCAACCCUCUCCCAGAUGCGGCAGCCCCGUUGUGGCGUAGAAGACCCGUUCAACGAGAGGACCCUCAAAUAUCUACUCUUGGGACGCUGGCGCAAAAAGCACCUGACCUACCGGAUCUACAGCCACAGUGAGGAUUUGGGGGCCGCAGCCACACGCACCGCUAUCCAGACAGCUUUCAAGUACUGGAGUGACGUGACCCGGCUCACGUUCCAGGAGGUGCGGAGCGGCCGUGCUGACAUCCGCCUCUCCUUCCACGGCACUUCUACUUGGGGCUGCUCACGGCCCUUCGAUGGACCUGGACAUGUCCUGGCCCAUGCCGACAUCCCUGAGUUAGGCACAGUUCACUUUGAUUCCGAUGAGCACUGGACGGAAGGAACCUCGCGCGGCGUCAACCUGCGCAUCAUCGCCGCCCAUGAGAUUGGCCAUGCUUUGGGGCUGGGCCAUUCCCGGCAACCGGGCGCCCUUAUGGCCCCCACCUACAGCGGUUACCGGCUGCGCUUCCGACUGCACCGCGAUGACAUCGAAGGCAUCCAGGCCCUUUAUGGCAAGAAGAGCGUCCCGACAACAUCGACGACAGUGACUUCACCUGCCCACACUACUGUUCCGGCUGUUUCACAGAAGCCUAGUAAAAUCCCUAACCCAUGCAAAGAUGGACUGGAUGCUAUCAUGCUAGGGCCCUAUGACAAGACUUACGCUUUCCGUGGCGAUUACGUGUGGACGGUGACAGACUUUGGUACCAACCCACCCAUGAAGAUCUCGGCGCUGUGGAAGGGGCUGCCUGGGGGACUGGAUGCGGCUGUGCAUUCUCCCCGUACUGGGCGCACUUACUUCUUCAAAGGUAUUAAACUGUGGCGUUACCGGGGAUUUAAGCUGGAUCCUGGCUAUCCAAAACCCCUCACCCGCAUCCCAGCUAAGAUCGAUGCUGCCCUCUACUGGCCUCAAAACAAGAAGAUCUUCAUCUUUAAGGGCACGGGCUACUGGCAAUGGGACGAACUGGGAAGCCACUUCUCCACUCUCCCCAGGAAGAUCUCCAGCCUUUUCUCAGGGGCCCCAUCACACCUGGACGCUGCGUUCACCUGGGAGAACGGCAAAAUCUACUUUUUCAAGGGCGGCAUCUACUGGAGACUCAACGACCAACUGAGAGUAGACCGGGGCUACCCACUGAACACAGCCGAGCGCUGGAUGAACUGCUAACGCUGGCAACGAUGCCCUGGCACGCUCCUCAGGACUGGCACGGGUGUGCCAAUUAGACAGCACACAACUAUUGUUAACAGACCCAACAGUGACGCCUAGAGGUGGUGUGUAGGAACAGCAACUCUUCUGGAAAGAACCAGGCUUGGGAGAGCUGGAGCAAAACUAUAAUUCUGUUCCUGCUGCGGAUUUGCCCUUUCAGUGCUGGACAUCAUAAACAUCCCCAUUUACCUUGGCAUCAGCAUGGGUGGCAGAAGGGACCCAUCUCAAUUCAGGACACAGGGAGCCUUGGUUGGGGGACACGGGGUAUGUGCCUAAGUGUCUUGUCUCGAUUUGAGAAGACAGUAGAAGAGUUCAAAGUUGAAGACAGGGUUUUUUCCUGUUUCUGUUGUGUUUUUGUAAGAUUUGAAGGGGGUGGGUAUGAUACAGGCACCAUUGCUCAUCAACAGGCCUGCAAGUUUUGGUAGCAGAAUACUGACUGCUCACUUUUAUCUUCUCAAUCAGUAGAAGAGCUAGCUGUUCAUUUUUUUAUUUUUAUUUUAAAAUAUAAUUAGGAUGACAUUUUUAGGGGAAGGGUCUGGCAUACCCAUUAAGGGCAUAGGGCUGGUCCUUGCGUCAGACACACACACACAUGAUUUCUGUGGCAGACCCAGAGGGUUGUUACUGACUAUAUUCCAUGUGAUCUUGUGUAUCUAGCAAUAUGAAUGAUGACUCCAAUUUGCAGGGCUUGAAUGGCACUCAUGCCAUAUUUACUCAGCCCACAAUAAAAGGGAUAUGUGCCCCUC